AUGGCGACCGCCCAAACCUCUCCGGCUGCUUCAGCCCCCGUGGCUGCCCCAGCUGCAGCUCCCCAGACAAGCAGCAAUGGCGCCAAUGGCAACAGACCCAAGCGGCCCAACCCCAGCGGCAGCAAUCGCAGCUGGAAGCAGAAGAAGACCAAGCGAGAGAAGAACAUCACCGAAGGGUCCUCCGAAGAAGUCCUGCGGUACGACAUCGAGGCGCUCCUAGAAUCUCGCAGAUCCGAGACCGACACACCAGCAGAGGGUGCUGAGACCGCCGAGGCGCAGCAAGACCUGCCCGCCGAGGGAACCGAGACCGACGUCGAGGUCCUCGAGCUCUCGUCCACCGGCGACGGCCUCGCCAUGAGGCCCGGCUCCAACCAGGUCUACGUCGUGCCCUUCACCGUGCCCGGCGACGUCGCCCGAGUCAAAGUCUUCCGCCACCUGCGCCGCGAGAACCAGACCGUCGCCGACUUCGUCUCCAUCGUGAAGCCCUCCCCGCUGCGCGACGACGCCCGCAUCCAGUGCAAGUACUUUGCCACCUGCGGCGGCUGCCAGUUCCAGAUGCUCGACUACGCCGAGCAGCUCCGCCGCAAGAGGCGCAUCGUCGACAAGGCCUUCCGCAACUUUGCCAACCUGCCCGCCGAGCUGGUCCCCGCCAUCCUCGACACCAUCGGCAGCCCCCUGCAGUACGGCUACCGCACCAAGCUGACGCCGCACUUUGACGGCCCGCCGGGCUUCCACAGCAGGAGGAACAAGGGCGGCCCCAAGCCCAAGUUUGCGAGCUGCCCGGACAUUGGCUUCAUGCGCAAGGGCCAGCGCAAAGUCAUGGACAUUGAAGACUGCCCCAUUGGCACCGACGUCGUCAGGCAGGGCAUGAAGCGCGAGCGAGAGAGGAUGCAAAACGAGUUUGGAGACUACCAGCGAGGCGCCACCAUUCUGCUCCGCGAAAACACACAGCGUUAUCCCACCGAUGCCUCGGAUGACGCUGCUGCUCCCCCCAAGCAGCAAGACCUCGCCCCCUACACCGUCCGCAACGACAGCGAGUUCGGCAUCGACAUCAAAACCUGCGAGACCGACUCCAAGGCCACCACCCACGAAUACAUCCGCAACCACCACUUCACCAACCCCGCCGGCUCCUUCUUCCAGAACAACAACUCCAUCCUGCCCGUCUUCACAGACUACGUCAAGGAGCACGUCCUCCCCCCUUCUUCCCCCUCAUCCAUCAAGUACCUCAUCGACGCCUACUCCGGCUCGGGCCUCUUCACAAUCACCCUGGCCUCCGUCUUCCAGCACUCCACGGGCAUCGACAUCGCCGCCGACUCCAUCGCUUCCGCGCGCCACAACGCCCAGCUCAACGGCCUCGGCGAGGACCGCUGCAAGUUCAUCGCCGCCGACGCCGGUGAGCUCUUCAAGAACGUCUCCUACGACGCCGACGAGACGACUGUCAUCCUGGACCCCCCGCGCAAAGGCUGCGACGCCGAUUUCCUGGCUCAGCUGAGGCGCUUUGGACCCAAGAGGGUUGUCUAUGUGAGCUGCAAUGUGCAUACCCAGGCUCGCGACGUGGGGGUCCUGGUGAGGGGUGAGGGAGAGGGUAAGAGAUAUGAGAUUGAGAGCCUGAGAGGGUUUGAUUUCUUCCCUCAGACGGGGCAUGUUGAGGGAGUUGCUGUUCUAAACAGGGUGGAAAGCUGAAAUGGAGAAAAGGGGGCGGGAAGCAUUUUAUAGAUUUAAUGAUACUAGACUUCGCCUUUGGCAAUGAUAAAGCUACUCCUGUGAUGCAAUUUUGUUCAUUGAAUACGUAAAACAAUCAUGAAUGCAUAUAUAUGCCUUGAGAGAUACAUAACAAAAAGGGAUCCGCCAUAAUUUUUGAUGCCAAAGUUUUUGCUCGCAGUAGGGUCACUAAAAAGCAAGCGUUCAGAUAUGAUUUCAAUCAACAAAGGAGAAAACAAUAUGAGACAAGAUGUGUCCUCGUUCGUCUUCUUACUCCUGUCCCAAAAGUGCCUUUAGCGUUUGCACAGUAAUCUCCAGAACCUCUGGCCUCCUAGUAAGCUUCAGAGAGUCCUUCAGAGCCUCCACGCCGCCCUCCUUGGUGACCUUUUCUCGCGCGAGUUUGCAGACCUCGGCAUCUCCCGCAACCAUGUUGUAGAGAGUAACUACUCCUCGAUGCCUCAAACCCUCGUCCGCAUCCGUACACAUGCCCAGGAUCACUUCGAUGCCCUUUUCUCGCUGCAGCACUAGCUUCGCAACGCUCUCGUAACCUGUCAAGGAAGCCAAGGCUCCGCCCGCUGCGCUGCGGGUACCUUCAUCUUCGGCGUCGGCCAGGGCCAAC